GAGGUUAAUGAAUCCAUUUUAGAAAAGUAUUUGGAAAUUAUAAAUGGCGGAGGUGUUACAGAUGAAAUCGAGUAUUGUUGGAAAUCCUAUUUUGUUGAAGAUAAAUGGGUGGUUUUAAAAAAUGAAAAUACAUAUAAUCUUGUUGGUAUGACAACUUGGGGUGCAGCUUAUUUAUUGUCAGAUUUCAUUUUACAAAACAAAUCAUUAUUCGAAAAUAAAAAUAUAUUAGAGUUGGGCAGCGGCACAGGUUUAGCAGGUAUUGCAUUGGAUUAUGUAAAACCAUUAAAAAAAGUAAUAUUGACAGAUUAUUCACCAAAAGUUUUAAAAAAUUUAAAAGAAAAUAUAGAAUUAAAUAAUAUAGGAAUCGAUGAUUUAAUUAAUGAUGAAGAUAAUCAAGAUUUAAAUGGCAAUAAUAGGUUUAAAGUAAAGAUAUUAGAUUGGGAAAUUGAGGAUCUAACUGUUUUAGACAAAGAAUAUUCAGAUGGAGAUAAUUCAACAAAUAUUAUUUUAGGGGCAGAUAUUGUAUACGAACCUUCACUAGCAAGAUAUUUAGUAAGAAUUUUAGAUUAUUUAUUAAAUAAAAAUAAAGAUUCAGUAGCAUAUAUUUCAUCUACAAUUAGAAACCAAUCAACAUUUACAACAUUCCAGCAAGAGUUAAAAGAAAAACAAUUAACUGUCGAAGAUAUUACAAAUACUUUAGCAGAUAAACCAUCACCAUUUAUAUAUGAUAAAUCACAAAUUGUAUUAUAUAAAAUUCAUAAAUAA